AUGUUUCCUAGGAAGUAUAGUUCUGGAAAAGAAAAGAGAAAGAAGAGGAUGAAAGUAGAACAAUUAAUUCAAUCUCAGUUGGGAGCACUUGAUAAAUAUUUUGGUACCAAGAAACAAGUAGAAAUUUUAGGUUCAAAUGACAAUGAUGAUGAAGAUUUGGUAAUUGAAGAACCUAAUCAUUGUGUGAACAAUAAUAAGAAUGAUGAUUUGGUGAUUGAACAACCUAGUGAACAUAUGAAUGAGAAUGAGAAUGAGAAUGAGAAUGAAGAUUUGGGAAAUGUAGAAUCUAGUGAAAGUGAAGAUGUCAAUGUUGAAUGUGGACCUCUAAACAUUUAUGACCCUAGUAAUUGGGACAGGAUUGAUCAAAAUUUAAGGAAUUUACUAGUUGAAAGAGGUCCUAUAAGAGGUAAUGGUGUGAAUUUUCCCCUAGAUGACAAAGAUAGGCAUUUUUCUUCUACAUUUUACAUGCGGCAAUUACAAAAUGAAGAGACGCAGGAUAGGAAGUGGCUAGUAUAUUCAGAUGCUUCAGACAAAGUGUUUUUCUUUUGUUGCAAGUUGUUUAAGCAAGAUGGGAACAAUAUUCAUUUGGCUACUAAUGGAUUGAAAGAUUGGAAGAAUAUGGGCAACAGGCUUAGAAGUCAUGAAACUAGUAAUGAGCACUUUAUCUGCAUGAGCAAAUGGGUUGAAUUGGAAAGUAGAUUGAAGAAGAAUGAAACAAUUGAUAGAAGUGUUCAAGAACAAAUCAACAAAGAGAGGGAACACUGGAGACAAGUGUUACUAAGGAUAAUUGCUAUUGUGAUCACUCUUGCUAAAAAUAAUUUAGCUUUUCGUGGAGACAAUGAGAAGAUUUAUCAAGAAAGAAAUGGAAUCUUUUUAAGCUUAAUUGAAAUGCUUGCUAAAUUUGAUCCAGUAAUGCAAGAGCACAUUCAACGUAUUCAAAGGAGUGAAAUUCAUUACCAUUAUCUUGGCCACAAAAUCCAAAAUGAAUUGAUACAGAUGUUAGCGAGUGAGAUCAAGAGUACGAUUGUGGCAAGAAUCAAAGAAGCAAAAUAUUUUUCAAAUAUUCUUGAUUGUACUCUAGAUGUUAGUCAUGAAGAACAAAUGUCUCUUGUGAUAAGAUGUGUAGAUGUUUCAACCAGUCCGGUAAAGGUAGAAGAAUUCUUUUUAGAAUUUUUGAAAGUGGAUGAUACAUCGAGGUUGGGACUUUUUAAUGUACUUAGAGAGGCAUUGCACACACUCCAACUUGAUAUUGGUGAUAUAAGAGGGCGAGGAUAUGAUAAUGGCUCUAAUAUGAAAGGGAGACACAAAGGUGUACAAAAAAGAGUACUUGAAAUAAAUCCAAGAGCAUUCUACACGCCAUGUGGGUGUCAUAGUCUUAAUCUUGCCCUUUGUGAUAUGGCUACCUCUUGUUCCAAAGCUAUCUAUUUCUUUAGAGUGGUACAACGCAUAUAUGUGUUGUUUUCAUCUUCUACAAAGAGAUGGAAAAUUUUCAAAGAUAAUGUGGAAGGUCUCACACUUAAGCCAUUAUCACAAACUCGUUGGGAAAGUCGUAUUGAAAGUGUUAAAGCUAUACGGUACCAAGCUCCACAAAUUAGAGAUGCUUUAAUUCAGUUGGAAAAAGAAGCUAAUGAGCCCAAUACAAAGUGUGAAGCUGAAUCCUUAGUUACAUCUGAAAUUGAGAACUUUGAGUUUUUACUUGGCAUGAUUAUUUGGCACAAUCUGUUGUUUGCUGUUAAUUCUGUUAGCAUGACAUUUCAAGCUGAAGACAUGCAUAUUGAUGUUGCUAUACAUCAAUUAAAAGGACUCAUUACAUUUCUUGAAAAGUAUAGACAAACUGGAUUUUUGGAGGCCAUGAUUGAAGCUAAAGAAGUCGCAAUUGAAAUGGAGAUUGAAGCUACAUUUCGUGAAAGGCGUGUCAUUCGUGGAAAGAAACAUUUUGAUGAGAAUGUUAGUGAAGAGGUUGCACAAUCAGCUGAAGAAUCCUUUAGAAAGUUAAAUUCUACCAAUGAUGAGUGCUUGAAGACUUAUUGUGCUAAUCUUGAAGACUUUUUGAAACAUGAUGGGCUUAUGGAUGUUGAUGGGAGAGAUUUAUUUUCUAAGUUGAAAGUCUUCAAAGAAAUUUUGUCAAAAGAAAUCAAUAGGCCAAUUGAGGUGAUGAAUUAUUUGAAAUUGAUGGAUGGUUGUUUUCCAAAUGUUUGGAUUGCGUAUAGAAUAUUGUUGACUAUUCCAGUUACCGUUGCCUCUGGAGAAAGAAGUUUUUCAAAGUUAAAAUUGAUCAAAUCCUACCUUCGAUUAACAAUGUCACAAGAAAGAUUGAAUGGAUUAGCUAUAUUGUCUAUUGAAAAGGAUUUGGUAGAUAAAUUAGAUUAUACAAACUUAAUUAGUGAUUUUGCAGCUAAAAAUGCAAGAAGAGUAGUAUUUAAGUGA